CUGAAAUUAUUGUGUCUUUAUAUACUUUUUCCAAUUUGUUUUGAACUAAAAAAAAAAUGAGUAUUCUCAUUGGAAAUCAGUUGGUACCGUUAAACCUAGCAUUCCCAUUUCGCGCCAACUCUUAUCAUCGUCUUCAUGGCGUAGUUACCAGAAGAAAUUCCAGAAAAUCUUUGAAAUUAUCAGCCAAGCUUGAUGAUUCUUCGACAUCCACAAAUUCCGAGCAACAAAUAAACCUCUCUGUACUUCGAUUUACCUUCGGAAUAUCUUGGCUUGAUGAAUCUUACUUGCCCAGAUGGAUUGGUUAUGGAUUUGGAUCUCUUCUUGUUCUCAACCAUUUUGUCGGUUCGAGUUCCCCUGUAACCUCAGCUCAGCUUAUUUCUGAGGCUUUGGGUCUUUCGUUGGCGGCUUUCUCUGCGUCACUUCCUUAUGUGGGAAGAUUUCUCAAGGGAGCAACACCAGAAAAAUUAACAGCUCUCCCUGAAUGUGCUCAGCAAAUCUUUGUAAUGUCCCCCAAUGUUUCAAAUACCCUGAAGGAGGACCUUGCUUGGACAACAUAUAUUCUACUACGUAAUACAAAAUCUGUCUCAGUGCUUUUAUCUUUGCAAGAUGUGAUCUGUGUCCGUGGCUAUUGGAACUUACCAGAAAAUCUAUCAAAGGAUGGGAUUGUCAACUGGUUUGUGGAAAAGAUAAAGAAAUAUGGUCUGUCUGAUGUGAAGGAGACACUCUAUUUUCCUCAAAGCACAGGUUCAGUGCUGGAGGAGGCUAUUCCUGAGGAGACUGGCUCUAUUUUGAUACAGCCACUUCGCUCUGCAAAAACACAGGGCAUUGGAGAGGAGAAUGAUAUGGAAUUUGUGCUUCUAGCAUCAAGCAUAAGCUAUGCCUAUGACGAGAAAGACAUGAUGUGGACAAAAGCUAUAGCCAGAAAAUUUAAGAAUGCAGAUAAUGCUGCCACUGUAUCUAGCUCUAUACGCGGCACAUAAACAAUGCUUCUCAUGCCAAAUGCUGUUGCCUGUGUAGCAGAACAGGGGAGGUUUGUAAUAUCUUAACUCCAAAAAUGUAAUUUUUUAUGUACGAAAGGGUAUUUGAUUUCAGAUAUGUGCAAAGAGAGAAAGGGUAUGUGAUUUCAGAUAUGUACAAAGAGAGGAUAAAAAAAAACAAUUGUACCUGUUUGACAUUGUCAUAUACCGUUGAAGGAUCAGUAAAAUCAACCACUACACUUGUUGCUUUUGACUGAAUUCAUGUUGCAAAAGAAAUGUCAGGCAGAUAUUACUUGACA